CAUACAUCAACACUGCCAGCAUGGUUAUGUGAUGUUUGCAUGGAGUCAUGAGAGAAGGGAGCGUUCAAUUUGCGCAAACUCGGAGAACACGCCGAGGCUCGCUGGCGCAGCGCAGUGUCCGCUCAUUUCGUGAUGCUCGGUGCGUGGCGCGUGCGUGGCGUCGCGUAGCCCAGCGCAGUUCGUGUGUGCGUGUGUUUGGAGAAGACGGAUCUGUCGCUUCGAAAUUACAUCCACACGCACUGGGGAAAGGUUUACUAUAGCCUAAAAGAAGCCGAAUCUGAGCAGUCUGCCUAUAGGUGCUUAGGCAAAAAUCUUAAAGGUCCCGGGCGAAUCGUUUAGCACCAGUAGCCUACUCUCUUCCACUAAACCCAGUCCCAGUUUACUGGAAGAUCAUGGGGAAACAGAACAGUAAGCUAACCCCUGAGGUAAUGGAGGACCUGGUGAAGAACACAGAAUUUAAUGAACAUGAGCUCAAGCAGUGGUACAAGGGCUUCCUGAAAGAUUGUCCCAGCGGUAAACUAAACCUGGAUGAAUUCCAGCAAUUGUAUGUUAAGUUCUUCCCUUAUGGUGAUGCAUCAAAGUUUGCACAGCAUGCUUUCAGAACCUUUGAUAAGAAUGGAGAUGGUACUAUUGACUUCAGAGAGUUCAUUUGUGCCCUGUCCAUCACAUCACGAGGAAGCUUUGAGCAGAAGCUUAACUGGGCCUUCAACAUGUAUGACCUAGAUGGAGAUGGCAAAAUCACUCGAGUGGAGAUGCUGGAAAUUAUAGAGGCUAUUUACAAAAUGGUUGGCACUGUGAUCAUGAUGAAGAUGAAUGAGGACGGCCUGACACCAGAGCAGAGGGUGGAUAGAAUCUUUAGCAAGAUGGAUAAGAACAACGAUGACCAAAUCACUCUUGAUGAGUUUAAGGAAGCAGCGAAGAGUGACCCGUCUAUUGUACUGCUUUUGCAGUGCGACAUGCAAAAGUGAGGGUAUGCGAGUGAGCAUGCUCUGGACUUAAAAUGUUGUAAUGUUUUAUUCGUGUUAAGCCAAUUUCCACAAGAUUACGAUGAAGUAUAUUUGGACUAUUCAGAUGAACCUGCUUCUUGUGGUUGAAAAUCUAGUAUGCAUGAGAAUGUCAAAUGCUAAGAGUUAUAAAUCUUAAUUUAAUUUCAAAUUUGCAACAAUGUACGAUGUGCAAAAUAAAUGAGCCAUUUUCAUUAUUCCAUCGUUAGUCAGUGAAGUGCUCCACAGUAGGCAUCACAUUUCUAGCUACAAUGCUUACAGAUCAUAUUUACCACACUCGCUACUGUAUUUCCUACGGUGGUUCAGGCAGUAAAAACAAAAUGUCACACUAAAUGUUUCUAUCAAAUCAAUAUGAUCUUAAAAAUCAAGGAGAGUAGAGGGGUUAAAUUAGCCUCCCUAAUGUGCUUGUACCUGAUUAUAAAUGUAAGUUAUUUGCAUGCAUGUACUAAAUGUAAAGUUUAAUCUUUAUCUCUUUUGGCAACCUUGACAAAUAAUAUAAGGAGGCAUUAUAAAUGAUAACACUAACAAUAUUAAUGAUGUGCAAGAUUUACGUGUGAUUCAUCAGCCCAUUAGAUAUCUUCCCUUGGAUGCAUGUUUCUCCCAAAAAACCUACAGUAUGUACUUGUAUAAGCUAUCUGUAAGGGCAACGAUAUAUUGUGCAUCUUGUCUUGGACCAAUUUAGCUUUUAUGUGUAAAGAAUCUAGUAGCUGUAAACUGAUAUACACCGAGUUAACAAUUUUUUCAGCUACAGUAUAUAUAAUUUUUUUACCAUACACACCAAGUUGGCAGUGUACUAGGUACAAUUUGGAUGUAUCCAUUAAACUGACAACUCCGUGUCUUAAUCAGAUAUGUAAAACUGGAAUAUAAAUGACAACUGCCCAACCACAUUACAUACAUGCCUUUUAUUUAUACAUUAAUCAUAUCAAUGUGUGCGUGUACGAAUGCGAGUGAUUAAUUUUGAGAAGUCAGUUUCUGUGGAGGAUUGUAUUUAAUGCUUGUCCUCCCCAUAAUAAAGAAACAAAUCAACGACAAAUGAUACAGAAAUUCACUCUAAAUGGUGUGUUUUUAUUUAACUUUUUUUUUGUAAAAUAUUUCAACUCUCUUGACAUUUAAAUUAACUGUUUACACAGUAAUAUAAUGUAUCUUAUGAAAGAAAAUUGAGUUUUACAAAUUAUUUGUGCCACAAAUUAAUUUAAUCACCUGAAACAAACAUACUGUCGAUCAUAUACACUAAAUAAAUGACAACUACAAGGUAUCUUGCUUAGAAGAAUGUACGUUUUCUGUAAACAAGGGUAUAAAGAACAUGGGCCAAAUCAUUCCUUAUGGUGCAUGCCACAACCAAUAAUGAAUGGUCUUAUCUCACGCCACUAAGGGUUACCCUACCACAUCAACUUUAAGAAACCUAAAAUUAGGAAUGUAUUCUCCCACUGAUAUUAUAUAUAUACCUUUGCCAUCUUUGUUUGCACAAGUGGAAAAUGUGGUGUUGCUGUUUUCUUGCUUUCCACAAAAAAGAAAGCAUCAAGCCAAUGCAUGUUCUAUAAGGCUCAGGAUGCUACGCAGUUUUGUCUCCCGAGCUCCUUGUAGCAAAUAAUAAUAAUAAUAAUAACAAUAAUAAUAAUAAUAAUAAUAAUAAUAAUAAUGUUUGUAAAUCCCAAAAUUACAGGUGUAUAUCUUUUCCAUGUAAAUAUCUGUACCCAAAAGGAAAAAUGAAUGAUCAAAUUUAAAUUCGAUUGUGCAGUAUGUUGUUUGUGUUUUAUUUGUGGCAUGUCUUAAACACACUAUGUAAUGGUUGCGCUGACAACAUUGUGAUUCCAAUCAAUAAACUGUCUAUGGGCUGUUUUCACAACA